GGUGAGUCAUCUUUAGUAACACGUAAUCUGUGGUGAAAGCUUCAAAACAAAAUUUCGUUUGGUGAUUAGUUUAUUGAAUUUUUGAUUAAAAUGAUCGAGGAACACGACGAACACGAGACGAUAUGCGACUCAGUGAAUUCACUGGUUGAAGGUUGUCGUUUACCAGUUCGGAUGCAUACUACGGAUGAUUGGCCUCUCGCCGAAAUCAUCAGUGUUAAAGAAGUACAGGGUGUCAAAUGUUAUUAUGUUCACUAUGUGGAUUUCAACAAACGAUUGGAUGAAUGGGUUAUGGAGGAUUCUUUGGACACUAGAAAAGUCCAAUAUCCACGUCGUGAAGGAACAACACCAGGAACUGGUGCAGCAACACCAAAAAAGCAGGCUGCUAGUAGACCUCCUAGUCCCAGUAGUCUUAGCAAUGAACCAGUCAAUGGUAAUGCUGUGUUACAGGCUGCACUACAAAAGAAAAUGUCUAGAAAGAGGAAAGCGACAUUUCUUGAAAACGAGGAUUCUCAAGAUGCACCACCACCGCCACCACAAACACCAGGAGGUCCCAGACCCACUGGUUCUCUAGUAGCGCAUCAGAAUGAUGAUGUAGUCACAAGAAUGAAAAACGUUGAAUUAAUUGAACUAGGCCGUCAUAGAAUAAAACCCUGGUACUUUAGCCCUUAUCCGAUGGAGAUGGUGAACUUAAAUUGUAUAUAUAUCUGCGAGUUUUGUCUGAAAUAUAGGAAGAAUCGAAAAUGCUUGGAGAGACAUUUAGUCAAAUGCAAUCUACGUCAUCCGCCUGGAAAUGAGAUAUAUAGGAAAGGAUCUAUAUCGUUUUUCGAGAUUGAUGGUCGCAAGAAUAAGAACUAUGCACAAAAUCUUUGCUUGCUAGCGAAAUUAUUCUUAGAUCACAAAACUCUUUAUUAUGACACAGAUCCUUUUUUGUUCUAUGUAAUGACAGAAUUUGACAGCAGAGGAUUUCACAUAGUUGGCUAUUUUUCAAAGGAAAAGGGAUCAACAGAAGAUCACAACGUAGCAUGCAUUCUAACACUGCCACCAUAUCAAAGAAGAGGUUACGGCAAGCUCUUGAUAGAAUUUUCAUACGAGCUAUCAAAAUUCGAAGGAAAGACCGGCUCUCCCGAAAAACCAUUGUCCGAUUUGGGUUUGCUUUCGUACAGAAGCUAUUGGGCGCACACAAUACUCGAUAUCCUGUUAACCAUAAAGCCUGUGGUGGAAAAUGAGAAACCACAGAUAACGAUAAAUGAAAUCUCCGAGGUGACGUCGAUUAAAAAGGAGGACGUAAUAUCGACUUUGCAAAAUCUGAAUCUCAUUAAUUACUACAAGGGACAAUAUAUUGUGACGUUAAAUAGGGAAAUUAUUGAACAACAUUCAUCUGCAAUGGAAAAAAGGCAGAUUAGGAUAGAUCCUAAGUGUCUACAUUGGACACCGAAAGACUGGAGUGUUAGAGCUAAAUGGUGAAAAAAACCCUGAAUUGACAAUAAGAUGAUGCUGAAUUGUUUUGGAAUUAUUUUUCAGGGGAAUUCCGGAAGUAGUUACAGUUUAUGGAAAUAUAAAAGUUGCACGUACUACAUAUACACACAUAGAUAUAUACAUACAUUAUACAUAACAUGUAUU